CGACCAUUGGAGGAUCAACGUCUCUGGAUGCUGGUGAAGAUCAAUUCACUAAAGCUUCCCAAGGUUUCGUUGACCCUCAAGCCGCUGCAUCAAAGAAGUUGGCGGAGGAUGAACUAACUAAGGCUCAUAAGGAACCUUCUACGACCAAGGCACUGGAAGCUAAGGAUGUUGAAGACGAGAAGGAUGAAUCGACGAAUGGCGCCGCAAUCUACGCCAACAGCCAAUUAGAAAAGGCCGCGGAGGAUGGCUUUACUAUGACUUCCAAGGAGAUUCUUAUUCCCGGGGAACAUGAAACAAAGAAGGAGGUGCAUAAUGAUUUGGCUACGGUUCCUCAAGCUGGGACUGCUUCAGAGGAAAGCGUAGCACAGGAGCGUGGAGUAGACGAGCCUGCCGAUGUUUCUCAAGUUUAUCCAAUGAUGGAGGACAUCGCUACGCAGAAAUCGAAGAAGGGUGCACCGAAGAAGGCUCCCAAAGCUCACGCGACCAGUGCGAAGAAUUCUAAAAAAAAGCUUGAGGUAGAGGAAGAGACUAUAGCACCCAAAAGGCGAAGAGCGGUGCGUGCCUCGUGAUGAAUUAGGUGGUCUUAG